AUGUCUGCCGAGGGGGGGGCCCUUGACGACAUGUCUCAGCUCUCAGGCAUUCCAGAUUCCAGAACCCCCGUCCACCCCCGGGGCCCGGGCUCAAGGCGGCACGCAAGAGUCUACCGCCAUGUCAUGACUUGCGAAAAGAUGUGGGGGAGGCGCCUGGGCCCUGUGCCUCAUAGAAAAGUGCACGUACGUACGUCGUAUGUAGAGACACACAGCACGACACUCGGCGAGCAGAGGCCCUCCCCGGCCCCCCUUGCACCCGACAGAUACACAGCUGCCAAUCUCAAAUAG